UGAUUUUCAAAUCGMAAAGUCUGAGUUUGAGAAAGGUGCGCUGCGCAGUGUCCCGACUUCGAAUUCCAAGUUGGAUUACCGUUCAAAAAGAUUUUCCCAGCUAGAGCUAAUUUUUCUCGAGUUUCCAGUUGACCUGAAAGCACUGAAGUCGGAGAUUUCCGAGUUCAGCUGAUUUGAAUGCCGCAAACGUCCAGACUUCGGUCAAUGACGCACAGAGAGGAGCGCACAUUGGAACUGCAGGACUCUUGAGUAACCAUGCAGACWAUUGAAGUUCUGAAACAGGCCCUCUCCAGCCUGGAUCCUACCCAGCAGCAGCAGCUCUUGGUGGCCGGGUCUGCGGUGGCCGUGGGCGGGCUGCUGACCUGUUAUUACUGGGUGUAUCAAGGGACGAAGACCAAGCGCAUUCCAAUAGGGGAUGGGUGGUGGGGGGCAGGAGAGAAGCCUCAGUCAGAGGAUGAGAAGGUUUUCCCCUUUCAGGUCCAAACUUCCGAUGAGGAGAUACAGGACUUGUAUGACCGUAUUGACAGAACCCGGUACACUGAACCCCUGGAGGACGCCGGUUUCCAGUACGGCUUCAACUCCACCUACCUGAAGAAGGUGGUCUCCCACUGGAGGCAUCAAUUUAACUGGAAGAAGCAGAUUACAAUACUCAACAAGUACCCUCAAUUCAAAACCAAUAUCGAGGGACUGGACGUACACUUCAUCCAUGUGCGUCCACCUCACCGUGAGGGCCAGAGGGUGUUGCCUCUAAUGCUGGUGCAUGGCUGGCCUGGCUCUGUCUAUGAGUUCUAUAGGAUCCUGCCUUUACUCACUGACUCGCUGGACAGUCUGGCUUUCGAGGUCAUCUGCCCCUCRAUCCCAGGAUAUGGCUUCUCCCAGGCSCCUCGUAAGCAAGGGUUUAACUCUCUGGCUGCAGCGAGGGUCUUCCACAAGCUGAUGGAGCGUCUGGGUUUCUCAGAGUAUUAUCUGCAGGGAGGAGACUGGGGCUCACUCAUCACUACUAACAUGGCCCAGAUGAAGCCAGAGUGUGUGAAGGGUCUCCACCUCAACAUGUUAACUAGCAAACUGAGGGGGUUCGGUGUCCUGUUUUCCAUCCUGAUUGGCCGCUACGUGCCCUGGCUGGUUGGGUUCACCCGGGAYGAUGUCAGAAGGRUGUUUGGUUCAGUAGGUUUCAUGGAAAGGAACAUCUAUGAGAUCAUCAGAGAGACUGGCUACCUGCACAUCCAGGGCACCAAGCCAGACUCCGCUGGUUGUGGACUGAAUGACUCUCCAGUAGGCCUGGCUGCUUACAUGCUGGAGAAGUUUUCCACCUGGACUGACUUCAACAACAGGGACUUGGAAGAUGGGGGGCUGGAGAGGAAGUUCACCCUGGACGACCUGCUGACCAACAUCAUGAUCUACUGGACCACCGGCUCCAUCGUGUCCUCCAUGAGGUUCUACAAGGAGAACUUAAAGACCAACAUUGAGAACAGACUGGAUAACAAGACRGGGGUGUAUGUGCCUACAGGCCUGGCUGCGUUUCCCAACGAGCUAAUGCACGUGCCCCAGUCGUGGGCCAGAGACAGGUUCAGGAACAUCUACUCCUACUCUUACAUGCCCCGAGGAGGCCACUUCGCUGCCUUCGAGGAGCCACAGCUCCUGGCUGACGACCUGCUGCAGUUUGUGAAGAAGGUGGAGAAGUUGUAGAGUUGAUGGAUACAAGAGGUCGACUCUCCACUCCUGCCAAGUGCCUGGAAGAAAAACCAACAGGACUGCAGAACUUGAUAACACUACAGCUUGGAAUUGUAGCUCUGUACUAAAAACAUUUAAAUGUUAAUCUAUGAUAAAGUCAGAAGCACUGUCUGAUUAUCAGGUAAAUACUUUGUCAAUCAGUGAUGUAAACACUGCAAUAUGAUCAUGCUCAGUGAUUGUGUUGGUGUAAUAUUAAGCCUAUACAGUCAACACAAUGGACCAAUACUGUAAUAAA